UGUGUUUAGUAUUUGUUGCCGCCUGCCUGUAUAUAGGUCAUACAUCAUAUUCCGAUUCAUAAACCCAAAACCCUCUUCUUGCAUAAUAAUUAUAAUGGCUAUUUUAGAUGAUCAAGGGAUUCUCAUUAAACCCGUGUUUCGCACAAAACUUGAGCGUGGUGUUCAUGACGAUGACCAUAACAAAAUUCGGAAGAGAAUGCUUGAUAGUGAUGUUCCAGAUGAACUACAUUGUGUUCGAAAGAAGUCCCGGUCGGAAAAUUGUGAAAAAGACUUGAAUGGCAUAAGAGAACAAUAUGGUUUUGGUUCAAAUAAGCCCAAGAGGAGGGUCAAGAAGCCGAGGGAGAGGUUUGGUGAUUGGGAUGAUUGUGAGGAUACUUCUAGAAACAUUGAUCCUUGGUACCAGAAUCGCCAUGAGGCAAGGCCUUUAUAUGGUCGUGGUUUACUUGCUGGGAUUGAUCGUCGAGAGCAGAAAGAAGCUGCCAAGAAGGAGAUAAGGGACGCGAUUAGGAGGCGUGAAGGUAUGGUGGAAAAGCCUGAGAUGGGUAAUGCAGGACAUCAGCUUAAGAGGAAAGGUGAUUUUGAUUGUUUUUAUGAUGAAUUUGACAUGAGGGUGGACCGACAUUGGUCGGAUAAGAGGCGGGGAGAGAUGACUGAUAGAGACUGGAGGAUCUUUAGAGAAGAUUUUGGUAUUUCUUAUAAGGGUGGUUCUAGAAAUACUCAGCCAAUGAGGAGUUGGGAUGAGAGUAAGUUGAGUAAUGAGUUGUUGAAGGCUGUAAAAAGAGUUGGGUACAAGACCCCUUCUCCGAUUCAGAUGGCAGCUAUUCCCCUUGGAUUGCAGCAACGUGAUGUAAUCGGUGUUGCUGAGACAGGUUCUGGGAAGACGGCUGCUUUUGUGAUUCCCAUGUUGGCUUAUAUAGCUAGACUACCUCCAAUUAGUGAGGAGAAUGAGGCCGAGGGUCCAUAUGCUGUUGUGAUGGCACCUACUCGAGAACUUGCUCAGCAGAUUGAACAUGAGACUGUAAAAUUGGCUCACUUUUUGGGCAUUAGAGUUGUUUCUGUUGUUGGUGGCCAGUCCAUUGAAGAGCAAGCGUUUAAGAUUAGGCAAGGGUGUGAGGUUGUGAUUGGUACUCCAGGACGUCUUAUUGAUUGUUUGGAGAGGCGAUAUAUUGUUUUAAACCAGUGCAACUAUGUUGUUCUUGAUGAGGCCGAUCGGAUGAUUGACAUGGGUUUUGAACCUCAAGUUGUAGGAGUUCUGGAUGCAAUGCCGUCAACCAAUUUUAAGCCAAGGAAUGAGGAUGAGGAACUAGAUGAGAAAAAAAUUUACCGCACAACUUAUAUGUUUAGUGCUACCAUGCCCCCUGUUGUUGAGCGUCUUGCCAAGAAGUACCUGAGAAAUCCUGUUGUUGUUACUGUUGGGACUACUGGAAAGGCCACAAACCUCAUUACUCAACAUGUAAUAAUGGUAAAGGAAUCUGAGAAAAUGUCUAGGUUGCAUAAGGUUCUUGAUGAACUUGGUGAUAAGACUGCAAUUGUCUUUGUAAAUGCUAGGACGUCUGCUGAUACACUUUUCAGGGCUUUGGAUAAGGCACACUAUCGCGUUACAACUAUUCAUGGUGGCAAGUUGCAGGAGAAGAGAGACAUCAGCUUGGAAUCUUUUCGGACAAAAAAAUACAAUGUCAUGGUUGCCACUGAUGUGGUAGGAAGAGGUAUUGAUAUACCUGAUGUUGCCCAUGUCAUUAAUUAUGAUAUGCCUGAUAAUAUUCAAAAGUACACGCAUCGUAUUGGAAGAACUGGGCGUGCAGGAAAGACAGGCACCGCAACAACAUUUUUGACUAUACAUGACACUGAUGUAUUCUAUGACCUCAAGCAAAUGCUUAUUCAGAGUAACAGUCCUGUGCCACCAGAAUUGUCAAGACACGAGGCUUCAAAAUUCAAGCCUGGUUCUGUUCCUCACAAACCACUGAGACGCAAUGACAGAGUCUUUGCACAUUAAGACAGCACUUUUAAUUAUGAUUAGAAGCUCCAAAAAUGGUCAAGAAUUUCUGCUCGACAGGCGGGUAC